AUGGGUGGUCAGGCCAUUGGCAAGAGCAAUGCAUCUGAGCGGAAAGCGGCCUCGGAACAAGUGGGGCAGAACUCAAUCAGACACAACUUGUCCCUUCACAGUCGAUUCAUCAGGGUACAGAAUGAAGGAACUGGGAAAAGCUCGUGGUGGAUGAUCAACCCCGAUGGUGGGAAAGGAGGGAAAGCACCCCGCAGACGUGCGGUAUCAAUGGACAACAGCAACAAAUACACAAAGAGCCGAGGACGAGCAGCUAAGAAAAAAGCAGCCCUCCAAGUUGCACAGGAGACAAGUGAUGACAGCCCCGCCCAGCUAUCCAAGUGGCCUGGUAGCCCAACCUCCCGUAGCAGUGACGAACUGGAUGCAUGGACAGAUUUCCGGUCUCGUACCAACUCGAAUGCCAGUACAAUAAGUGGCCGCUUGUCCCCAAUAUUGGCAAGUACUGAGCUAGAUGAGGUGCAGGACGACGAUGCUCCACUUUCUCCCAUGUUGUACAGUAGCUCACCCAGCAUGUCCCCGUCAGUGAGCAAGCCCUGUAAUGUUGAGCUGCCUAGGUUGACUGACAUGGCAGGCACGAUGAACUUGAAUGAUGGCUUGACAGAUAACCUUAUGGAUGACCUCCUGGACAAUAUAACCCUUCCCUCUUCCCAGCAGUCACCCCCAGGAGGACUCAUGCAGAGAAGCUCAAGCUUUCCAUACGGCUCCAAAGGUUCAGGGCUUGGUUCUCCAUCCAGUAGUUUCAACAAUGCUGUGUUUGGACCAUCAUCGCUGAAUUGUCUCCGUCAGUCUCCCAUGCAAACCAUCCAAGAGAACAAGCAAGCUACAUUUUCUUCCAUUUCGCACUACAAUAACCAAACUCUGCAGGAUCUGCUGGCAUCAGAUUCACAUAGCCACAGUGAUGUCAUGAUGACUCAGUCUGAUCCGCUCAUGUCACAAGCUAGCACUGCUGUGUCUGCCCAAAACGCACGCAGGAAUAUUAUGCUUCGGAACGAUCCGAUGAUGUCAUUUGCUGCUCAACCAAGUCAGAGCAGUUUGACCAAUCAGAAUCUGCUCCACCACCAGCAUCAAUCCCAGAAUUCCUCUCUCAGUGGCAGCCGUGCCUUGUCAAAUUCUGCCGGUACUAUGGGCUUAAGUGACACCAACAUUGGAUCAGCAAAACACCAGCAACAGCCACCUGCCAACCAGUCUAUGCAAUCACUUUCUGACUCCCUAUCGGGCUCUUCUUUGUAUUCCAACAGUGUGAGCCUUCCAGUCAUGGGGCACGAUAAAUUCCCCAGUGAUUUGGAUCUGGAUAUUUUCAACGGGAGCUUGGAAUGCGACAUGGAGUCCAUUAUCCGCAGUGAACUCAUGGAUGCAGAUGGAUUGGAUUUUAAUUUUGAUUCCCUCAUCUCAGCCCAGAACGUUGUUACACUGAAUGUGGGAAACUUCACUGGUGCUAAGCAAGCUUCAUCACAGAGUUGGGUUCCAGGCUGAAGGAUUUAUGCAAAGAGGG